UAUAAAGGGAGCCACCCGGUGCUGGCCGCCACUGCUGCCGCGCCUGACGCCACCCGCCUUCUGACAGCGCCGCCGCCUGCCCCUGCCAUGGGUCGACAGAAGGAGCUGGUGACCCGCUGCGGGGAGAUGCUCCACAUCCGCUAUCGGCUGCUUCGCCAGGCACUGGCUGAGUGCCUGGGGACCCUUAUCCUCGUGAUGUUUGGCUGUGGCUCCGUGGCACAGGUCGUGCUCAGCCGGGGCACUCAUGGUGGUUUCCUCACCAUCAACCUGGCCUUUGGCUUCGCUGUCACCCUGGGCAUCCUUGUUGCCGGCCAGGUCUCUGGGGCCCACCUGAACCCUGCUGUGACCUUUGCUAUGUGCUUCCUGGCCCGUGAACCCUGGAUCAAGCUGCCCGUCUAUACCCUGGCUCAGACUCUGGGAGCCUUCCUGGGUGCUGGGAUCAUUUUUGGGCUGUAUUACGAUGCAAUCUGGGCCUUCGCCAACAACCAGCUUAUAGUCUCAGGCCCCAAUGGCACAGCUGGCAUCUUUGCCACCUACCCCUCUGGACACUUGGACAUGGUCAAUGGCUUCUUCGACCAGUUCAUCGGCACAGCCUCCCUCAUCGUGUGCGUGCUGGCCAUUGUGGACCCCAACAACAACCCUGUGCCCCGUGGCCUGGAGGCCUUCACUGUGGGCCUGGUGGUCCUGGUCAUUGGCACCUCCAUGGGCUUCAACUCUGGCUACGCCGUCAACCCUGCCCGGGACUUCGGCCCUCGCCUCUUCACUGCCAUUGCUGGCUGGGGCUCAGAAGUCUUCACGACCGGCCGCCACUGGUGGUGGGUGCCCAUUGUCUCUCCGCUCCUGGGUUCCAUCGCCGGUGUCUUCGUGUACCAGCUCAUGAUCGGCUGCCACCUGGAGCCACCGCCACCCUCCACCGACGAGGAGAAUGUGAAGCUGUCCCAAGUGAAGCACAAGGAGUAGAUGCGAAUGGGCAGGAGGCACCCCCCCCACUGCCCCCUCCCUUGAGCAUCCGUUGACUGUGCAGGGGCUGCUCCCUUGAAGCCCCCUUGAAGCCCCCUUGCUGACUCCUCUCCAAGGUUAAGAAACUCCUACCACCACCCCUCCAUACAGGCCCCUUGGAGAUUUUCCAUCCUGCCCUAACAGUCCACUCCACCUAAGCUGUGGUGAAACAGGAAGUAGGGCCAAGAUAGCCCUUUGUCUCCCAAAGAGAGAGAACGGGCAGCAGGUGGGUGAAUGUGUGUGCAUGUGCAUGUGUGUGUGAGUUUUCCCAGAUAUUCAUGGCAUGGGACCAUGUGGAAAGGACUCUAGCUGUGGGUGAGGCCCAGAGGAAGGGGGAAGGUGGUAUGUCCACAUGUGAGGAAAAGCACUAGGGGCCUGAAUUUUCAGGGGCUCCACGUGGAGGUGGGUCAAGGUACCUGUGUUUCUCAGUAUGUGCCUGUCUGCCCUUCUUCCUCCAUGGGGGCUUCUAUAAGCUUUGUAGGGAAUGUGAGCAGGGCUGGGAGGAGGGGGUCACAGCCCAGGUGUGGAGCUCUGGCUAUUCAUAAAGUAGGAGCAGAGUGAUGUGUUUCUGUCACAAUGCAGGCAUGAGGGGGGUGGGGUGACGUCCAGGUCAUAAGUUUCAUGUUUGCUUUUUUGAAAAAAAAAAAAAAAUAUAUAGCAGAUGUUACAGUUUUAGGGAUGGGGGUUGGGAGACUCUAAACAGGGUCUUUAUUCCUUUAAUCCUCCACUCAAUACAUGUACUCUUUUGCCUUUUAUAAAAAAAACCAAUAAAAUAUAUGCCAAUUGUAUAAA